UCUGAGACGGAAACUUCCUCAUCAGCGGGACGUGCGGUUGUCGGAGGCCAUGAGUAGCAGCUGGGGUGACUGUCUCCAAAACCCGUUGACGUGGAACACCUAAAAUGGGGACAGGAUUUGCUGCCAUGGUGCAAGCUCAGCUCUAAUCACCGUGAAGACGCCCGUCCGUUUACCUUUCUCUCUGCUCCUAUUCGCCCGGCGUGCCCCUGACCUGCAGCCCGUCCUGAUCUGAAACCGCUGCUUACCGCCCUCCUCCCCUCGACUCCUCUCUCCUCCUCCUCCUCCUUUCUGCUGAGGCGACGCCAAACGUUCCCGAUCCAAACCAUGACCAGCCGACUCCGUGUGUCCUCCCUCCUUCCCGCCCUCCUCCCCCACCUCCUGCUCCCUGCCCUGUUGUUCCUCCACCUGCCCCGCGUGGUGAAAGGCGACUGCUGGCUGAUAGAGGGGGAUAAAGGCUACGUCUGGCUGGCUAUCUGCAGUCAGAACCAGCCUCCGUAUGAGACCAUCCCCCAGCACAUUAACAGCACGGUUCAUGACCUGAGGCUGAAUGAGAACAAACUCAAGGCUGUGCUCUUCAACUCCAUGUACCGCUUCACAAACCUCACUGACCUCAAUCUGACCAAGAAUGACAUCAGCUACAUCGAGGACGGGGCCUUUGCUGGACAGGCCAACCUACAGGUUCUUCAGCUGGGCUACAACAAGAUGACCAACCUAACUGAGGGCAUGUUGAGAGGUCUGGGUCGAAUGCAGUGCCUCUUCUUGCAACACAACCUCAUUGAGGUCAUUUCCACCAAUGCCUUCUGGGAGUGCCCCAGCCUCAACAGCCUGGACUUAUCCUCCAAUAAGUUGGCACGUCUUGACCCGUCGACCUUCACCGUACUCAACCGGCUGAUGGUGUGUGAACUGGCAGCGAACCCGUUCCACUGUGGCUGUGAACUCUUCAGCUUUCUCUCCUGGCUGGAGGCGUUUAACAAUGUUACCCACACCUAUGACCGCCUCCAGUGCGAAACCCCUCCAGAAAUGAACGGAUAUCCACUUCUGAGCCCGUUGCCCGGACAAGGAAGAAGCGCCCUCUUCAAGCUUGUGUCCAAGUGUCAUGAAGGCGGGAUAGGGAUGACCUCUCAGAUACCGGACCAAGAUGGUUCAGGGAUGGGUUUCGACAACCCAGACCAAGGACUUUACCACCAGCCAACCACAUCAUCCACUGCGGACCCAACCUACAACCAUCAGAUUUCUAUGAAGCUUCAAACUGUCUCCCUCUACACAGCUUCACUAAUGGUGCAAAUCCCACGACCAUACAGUAAGAUGUACAUACUUUCCCAGUACAACAUCACUUUUGUUGCGGACAUCAUGCCCCUGAAAAAGAAGAAGGAGCUGAUCACUAUGGACAAACUGAAACCACACAGCAACUACACAUUUUGUGUGGCUUCUAUGAGCAAAUCUCAGCACUACAACCACACCUGUCUGUCCUUUACCACACGAGCUAUGGGACCAGAGGACCAGCGUACAAAUCCAUCUACAACCACCCACUACAUCAUGACCAUCCUGGGAUGUCUUUUCGGCAUGGUCAUUGUCCUUGGAUUGGUCUAUUACCUUCUCAGACGAAGACGUAUCCAGGAAGAGAAGGACAAAGCUAUAAGUGUCAAGAAAACCAUUUUGGAGAUGAGGUAUGGUCCAGAGGCGGCUGCAGCAGUGACCAAUGACCCAGGUGCCAUGCAGCGUCUCCAGGAGCAGGCUCACCACCAGCACCAUCAUUCAGGAGGGGCAGGAGGCAAGCUGCCUCAGUCGGCCUCCUCUAGCACCGGCAUGCUGCACGGCUCAGCCAACACCAGCUCUUCCCGCCUCUCGACCUUGCCACAGGUGGAAAAAAUGGCCACUGCCUUCUCCGAGGCAAUGGGUGGCAAGGGAAACUACAUGGAUGUGAGGACGGCGGGAGUGGCAGGGGAAGGCAGGGAGGGAGGGGUGUCAGUUGGAGGAGUAAGCAUUGGAGGGGAAGUAGCUGUGGAUGUGCGAGGUGGGGCUGAGAAUGGGACAGAGGCUGGGGAGGACUCUGAUGAUGAUGGCCAUGGCUCAGCGUCAGAGAUUUCCACCAUCGCCAAGGAGGUAGACAAGGUGAACCAGAUCAUCAACAACUGCAUCGAUGCCCUGAAGCUGGAUGCCUGUGCCAACGUUGUGACCACAGCUGACAACUCUGUGUCCCUCUCCCAGCCUCCAGCUUCCAUUGUGUCCCUCCCCCGCAACCUCUUGCCCCUCUCUCCAGGUCACCCUGGAGAUCAGAUCAUGGCCUCCUCGCCAAAGGUGCAUGCAAAGUCUCACCCCCAGCAACAUUCUCAGCCUCAUCCUCACCCUCUGCCUCACCCUCUGCCUCACCCUCAGGUUCAUCCUCAUGUCCACCCUCAGCAGCAUCCUCAGCAACAUCUUCAGUUGCAUCCACAGCCUCAUCCACCCUCUAUGGCCCCAGUACCCCUGGUUAUGCCCCUGUCUGAGCGCCCGGGAAUCAGUGGAGGGGGUUUCCUCUCCCCUCCUUACCGUGAUCCACCCCCAGCCAAUGCAGUGCGGCCCCUUCAGAGGCAAUUGAGUGCUGACACCGCUGUGGUGAAGAACCGUUGUGGUGCCUCUUCUGCGGGAUCUGUGAAGAACACCAGGGUUUACAGUGUGGAUAUCCCUGAGCAGCGUUGCGACCCUCCCAAGUACCCAACAGAAAAGGGCAGUCCUGUGGGCUGUGUUGGAGGAGGUGGAAAUGGAGGAGGUGGGGGCUGCAACGGGAAUGGGAUGGGAAACAUAAAUGGUGGUGGGGUGAGCUUGAAUGGGGGCGGGAUGGGGUGUAAUAACGGGGGCGGAGGUGGGGUUGUUGGCCCUGGACAGCAGCAGCACCACUUGGAGGUUCAGCCAGACUACCACAGCUCUGAGCACCGCCACUCCUUUCCCGCACUCUACUAUGAGGGCGGCAACGACUCACCCUCUCCGACCCAAAAGGCCUCAUUUCUCAAGCCACUGGGCCGCACUAAGAGGGAUGCCACAGCCGCCUACUCCCAGCUCUCACCCUCUCGUCACCACAACUACAACUCUGGAUAUUCCUCUAGUCCCGAGUAUUCAUCUGAGAGCACACUGCGGAUCUGGGAGCGAUUCCGGCCUUACAAGAAAAGCCCCAGAGAGGAGGCAUCCUAUAUAGCCGCAGGCCAUGCUCUGCGUAAGAAGGUGCAGUUUGCUAAGGACGAGGACCUUCAUGAUAUCUUGGACUAUUGGAAGGGGGUUUCUGCCCAGCAGAAGCUGUGAGCUGAAGCAAAGUCAAAUGCCAUAAGGGGAAUUGUGAAGAUGGACAGCAGACUAAUAAGGGGAACAGACUUUAAUGUAGCAAGACAGAUUAUAUUUCCUCUAAGGUGUCCGCUGACAUGGAUCUGCUGGAUCUAGAGUUGAAGACGGUUUCUCUGGGGGAUGUUUUUGGAGUUGAUUCUAUGAUAAUUCAUUGACAUUUUAAGAGGUAGUUUCAGAGGUCGGCUGUUUGCAGCACAAUACUGAAUGAUACUUAACAAGAAUCAAACUGUUCACCAGACUGCCUCAAACCGGGCACUUUGGUCCUCACAGGCUUCCACACACCCACUAAAAACCCACGAUGAGCAAAGCAAGAGGUGGUGAUAAGCAAGUGUCUUCUACCUCAUUACUGGCACACUGUAGCUCAGCUAUCUCACCAGAAGCAGCCCCAUUCAUGACUUAAGCCCUAUCCCUCUUUUCUCUAAUCCCAUCAAACCACCAUUCACAAAAACAAUCAUUCCACGGCACCGCCAACACCUGCUCCCCUAUAGGAGCAUCAUUUAGGGAGAUGAUGAGGGAGCAGGAUGAGGAAUUAGGUGCAUUUGUUUUAGAACAGCCGGAAUCUCCCACUUUGGGGAGGACAUUAAAUGAUACUUAUCUGACUAAUUGUUCUUCCUGGCAAUUAGCCAGCAUAAGAACAGGCCGGGGAUGCUGUGUGUUGAACAUGCUUAUCGAUUCGAAAACACCCAAGUACGUCUGUUCAGUGGUGCGUGGGCAUGUGGGAGAGGCUGGGAAGGGUUGCAGCUGAGUCCUUCACAAUUCUCAGGCUCCUCCGCAGUAGCAGAGUGGAUAGUUUAGUGGAGAUGCUUUGCAUAUAGAUAACAAACCAUUCGGGAAGUUGCAUGUGUGUGUGUGUGUGUGUGUGUGUGUGUGUGCGUGUGCGUGUGUGCGUGCAUACAUAAAUGUGUAUAUUUGGCCUGGUCUGUUUCGAUGGCAUGAAGUAAACACCUUUAAGACUUGCA